UUACAAAUAAAAAGUUAAUUACAUUAAACACUUUAUAUUAAUUUUUAACAUAAUUUAGAGUUUAUUGAACAUGUCUAUAAAAAAAUGUUGUAGUUUAUGUUGUAAUACUUGUGGAGAAUAUAAAUUAUUGCAAAAUGAUUCGGGCGAAAGUAAUGAAAUCUAUGAAAUUACAGUCAAAUAUUUUGAUCCCAUGUUACUCACAGAAGAAAAUGCUUCAGACUCGCAAUACAAUCAGGUGCUCUGUCAGGACUGUUGGUUUCACAUCGAAGAGUUUCAUGAAUUUCAGCAAACUGUAUUGAAAACGCGUAUGCUAUGGGAAGACAAGAUAGUUGUGGGUAAACAAUUACCCUUAGAAGUAAAACAGGAAGAUGAACAGCCAUAUGUUAGUAAAGAUGAAGAAAGUUUCAACAGCAAUGAAGACGAUGAUGAUGACGAUGAAGACGACGAAGACCAGUGUGAUGAAAUGGAAAAUAUUAAUUUGAAAACAGAAUCCUUAACAAGCAGUGAGGAUACUAAACUAGCUGAAGAAAAAUCUAAAGGAACAGAGGAUGCAACAACUGAGGAAGGGGAAAAUAUCAAUAAGGAUGAAUUAGAAAAAACUACCAAGCCAAGGCGUGGCAGAAAACCUAAAAACCUAACAGAAAUAGAUGGAAAAAAGGAAAAAAUAAAAAAAUCUCCAUCAAAGGAUAACGCUACGAAAGAGAAAGGCAGCUCGGCCUUUAAUAUGAUAAAAGCUAAAAAGUCCGAUGAUUUUAUAGCCGAAUGGAAACCAGAACUAAUGUGUGAUUUAUGCAGUGAAACAGCUACAAAUUACGAUAAACUACGCAGUCAUUUUAGAGAAAAACACAAAACAAGAUUCUAUAUUAAAUGCUGUGAACGGAAAUUCUUUCGUCGUUGUGUUCUCGUCAAUCACAUACAAUUGCAUCUUAAUCCGGAAACUCACAAAUGUGAUAUAUGCGGCAAGUCCAGCACAACAAAACAUAAUCUUAAAUUGCAUAAAAAAGUCAUGCAUCAAGAUACCAAACAAUUAAAAUGUGAUAUAUGCGAAAAACUCUUCAAACAAAAAGUUACCUUAGAUAGACACUUGCUUACGCAUGCCACCGGCAGUAAGGAUUUUGUCUGCACCGAGUGUGGUAAGGGUUAUGUGGCAGAACAAUUACUUAAGCUACACAUUAAACAUGUACAUAAUGUUGAUCGUAUCUGCGAUCAGUGUGGCAAAACGAUUCAUGGUUUUCAGGCACUAAAAAAACAUCUUAUGGAACAUGCUGGUGUUGAACGUCCCACAUUCACAUGUGAUGUUUGUGGCCUGGAAUUAAAGUCAAUGAAUGGUUUAAAACGCCACAAGGCUGCCUAUCAUAAUGAUGGUUCGACGAUAUAUGUUUGUGGUGUUUGCGGUAAAGUGGCCUCUAGUGAAAAUGCUUUGUAUAAUCAUAAAAAACUAGUGCACAUUGAGGAACGUAAACACAAGUGUACAUAUUGUGAUAAGGCAUUUAAACGUCCGAAAUCUUUACGCGAACAUAUAGCAACUCAUACGGGACAAGAUCUUUAUCAGUGUCCCCACUGUCCGCAAACAUUUAAAGUGAGUGCAAAUAUGCAUCAUCAUCGCAAGAAAGUUCAUCCGGUGGAAUGGGAAGAGGGACGUAAAAAUCGUCUACAAAUACCUAAAAUUAAUAUUAGUCAAGUUAAGAAACAAGUUGUAUUAUAAUUUCUUUUUUUUAAGUGCUAACAUAAAAAUUAAGAUUUUAAUUUACAGAUGAGU